CACCGUCGCCGUUUUCCGGUGCCAGUUUCCAAAGAUGAGCAAAUGUGGGAAUUCGACAGUGCCGUCCAAGUCGGAAGAGGUCAAGCCGGGCGCUCAGGAUUCGCCCAAACCGUGCGCGGACCUAGCAGCGACAGGUGAGCGAGCGAUGCCGAGUGCAGAAGCCAAAGGAACUCCAGAAGCUGCUAGGGCUGUUGAGCCUGCCGCUGCUGACGCAAACAGUGUGAAAACAGAAGGGGCCCUACUGAGACCUGCCCAGAAGGUCGAAGAAGAUAAUAAGAUCAUCUGCAACGUUGCAGUGACCAUUUCACCAAUCCUCGAUGGCAUAGACCAUCAGGCAGGCACAGAUUCUAAGGUCGGCACAGACCAUCAGGCCGGCACAGACAAUAAGGCCGGCACAGACCAAAAAGCUGGCACAGACCUUAAGGCCGGCACAGACCAUCAGGCUGGCACAGACCAUCAGGCCUGCACAGACCAUCAUGAGGAGGAGCACAGGCCAAAAGGACCCAAAGUAAAUGAAAUAUCUCUGGAAGGUAUCGGGCUCGAUGACACGUUCGUCGAUUUCAACCAUUCCCGCAUUGGGAAAGUGUCAAACUUGGAACCCCUGCGGAAAGUAGAGGUUUUAAUAUUUAGGAACAACUUGCUGAAGAAGAUCGAAAAUGUGCAGAUGUUGGUAACGCUGAAGGAGCUAGAGUUUUACGACAACCAAAUUACAAAGAUUGAGAAUCUUGAUGGUCUGGUUAACCUUGAAAUCCUGGACAUCUCGUUCAACCGGUUAACGAAAAUUGAAAACCUCGAGAGCCUCGUGAAGCUAAAAAAACUUUUCCUGGUGAACAACAGGAUCACAAAAAUUGAGAACCUCGACACACUUGUCAACCUUGAGUUGCUUGAGCUGGGUUCCAACCGAAUAAAGGUCAUUGAGAACAUGGACCGACUGGUAAAUGUUAAAAACCUUUUCUUGGGAAAGAACAAGAUCUCCAAGCUUCAAAACCUCGAACACCUCAAGCAACUGGAACUGCUUAGUAUUCAAAGUAACCGAAUAGUGAAACUUGAAGGGCUGAGUGAGAACAGGAAUCUCUGCCACUUGUUCAUGUCUCACAACGGCAUUGAGCAAAUUGAAAACCUUGAAAACAAUGUGAAACUAGAAACCUUAGACCUCGCGGCCAACAAGAUCAAGCACCUGACCAACAUUAAACAGCUUGUCAACUUAGAAGAAUUUUGGUUUAACAACAACUUGAUAGAAAACUUCGAAGAAGUGGAAGUGCUUCGGAAUUUCCCCAAGCUGGCGACAGUCUACUUACACAGCAACCCCAUCGAGAAGGACCCUAUGUACAGGCGCAAGAUCAUGAUGAUAUCUUCAAGUGUGACGCAGAUCGAUGCCACAAUGUGCCGCAAGUAGCCAGCAACGCUCUGGUCUACAAAACUUAUCACAGCCGCAGCCAAUGUGGCUCAGGGUUCUUUCAUGCGCCAGAGGCUUGCUAAAACCUAGUUUCGUUGGCUCUUGAAAUAACAGGUGCCACAGUCAUCAGCCAAAGAACCGAGAAGCAGAGUUUUGAGCAUGUUGGAAAGUUUAGACGGCAAAGACCUCUUUGUUGUUUCGUUUGUGUGCUGAAUAAAUUUUGGUUGGAAGUGUCGUUGGUCUUAUGAAAAGUAGGCCGGCAUUUCUUGUCCAUUUUGUACUCACUGAGGCCAAGUGCUCUGCCUGUAGGUUGUGAAUCUCUAAAUUAGAACCCUAAGGCAGACCACCAAAAGUGUCAGUCAGCAAUGUCAACAAGGUAAGCUGACAGCAAUGCAUUGUUAACAAUACAUUCAGUUACUGAUCAUACCUCUUUCCUGGCUCCAUUUUUGUACAAGAAGCAGCUGCAGGCAAGCAGGCUUGCGAUGUAAGUGCUCGUUUGUAAUAUACUUCUGCUUGCAGUUUUGAGUAAAGAACCAAAUGUUUUAGUAAGUCUUAUAGGAAAUAUGUUUAUGUGAACCCAUCACGCAGCAUGGAAUCAUGUGCUUAUUUUGUACUGCAAAGAUACCUCUUGUUGUAUUGAGCUAACAGGACAUUAUGAUUUUUAACGAUUCAUUGAGGUAACUAACCAAGACAUGUAAUUUAAGACACUCUAGUUUACUGUGUUACAGUGCACUCUUUAUAGAUCUGCAUGAAAAUUUGUUCUAGAGAGUUAGGAGGUUUGAAUAUGUUGACAUGCAUAAGUCUGCUGUACUUAUAACUUUGCUGUGCAUAAACCUUUUCUCUCCUAUAUGUGUAUUUAAUGUAUUAUAAUUCAUGUAAUACAAGCUGAGUACUUUUGCAAAAAUAAAAAUUUUUAAUGCACUUUC